ACCGACCCAUUACAUACUUUUCGGUGUCGGGAGUCCAGUUUGCAAGUCGCGCUUCGCGGAUCCGGAACGCAGAAGGUGGCACGGCACGCGCGAGCUUCGAAAGCAAAAAAAAGUGACAAACAAAACUUUCCGCGGGGGUUUGACGACGCGGUUAGUGACGUGUCGGGAUUCCAACAGGAAGUGCGUGGGGUCGAGUCUCGUGCGGAAGAAGACAGUUUUCUGUUGUCAAACAGGUGCACCGGAAUAGGAUGUUGUUUUUUUGGUUCAGUGCUUGGAGUUUAUCAGUGUGAUCAAUCAUUGUUCAUCGAAGCAUGCUAGUUGUUUAGCAACAUUGAACCCAUCAGUGAUACGAGAGUGACAGCAGAAGUAGAAAACAGUUGGUGCUUUUUGUUUUGAGUGUGUGGAAAGUGAGAAGAGAUUUUAUCCCGCUGACAGUGAUUUCCCGGUGCAUAUUCUAAGUACGAAGAAGAAGAAAACCAGAGUUAUCCAGCAAGCAGCUCCUACUCUUCCUUCGUUGAGUUGUCGAUUCCGUCCUUUGUUUGGAAUAUAUUUGACACUACCACCUCGCGGGCGACUACUGCACCAGUAAAGGCAGAGUGCAGCAGGAAAAUGGAUUUCCGACGAAAGCUUAAAUGAUCUCAAACCAAAUAAAAACCUAGCAAACCAAGUCUAGCAGGAAAACUACUACCUCUGAAAUAACUGAAAACCAAGUGAAACAAAAACACACAAAAAGAAACAGUUACAAGCGUAAGAAAAGCCCACCUCACCGACGACCCCCUUUUCAAGUACACGUCCUCCGCCUCCCGCACCCCGGAAGGAGUUCUCGAUGUCUUGAAUGACGACAGCAACCGUCGCAAUCCAACAGAGUGAGAAACAGAGACGCUUUCCGGUCAUUCCGGCGCCCCGGACCAGCGAACCCAUCGGCAGCAGCAGCAGUACACGGAUAAGAAUGAAUGAAACGCAGCAGAUGCACACGACGGACACCGCCAGCCAGCCGAACAGCGUAAGCAACCUGAGCAUACACAACAACAACAACAACAAUAACAACAACAGCAGUAGUGCCAGCAAAAACCGAAGUGGCAAUAGCAACGAUGCCAAAAUGGACCACCACCUCCAGCUACUGCAGAGGGAACGGGAACGCGAACGUGAGCAUCACCAUCAGCAGCAACAGCAGCAGCUACAGCAGCACCAACAACAGCAACAGCAACAACAACAGCAGCAGCAGCAACAGCGGGAGCAUCAACAGUCGUCUCAGAGCCAGACCCAGCUACAUCGGCCACUAUCGCCGACACCCUCGGAGCAGCAGUAUGCACUCAAAUGGAAUGACUUCCAAUCGUCCAUCCUUUCGUCCUUUCGGCAUCUGCGCGACGAAGAGGACUUUGUCGAUGUGACGAUUGCCUGCGAGCAGCGAUCGUUCACCGCACACAAGGUUGUCCUGAGCGCGUGUAGUCCCUACUUCCGCAAGCUGCUGAAGGCGAAUCCCUGCGAGCAUCCGAUUGUUAUCCUGCGCGACGUCCGCUCCGAGGACAUCGAGAGUCUGCUGAGAUUUAUGUACAACGGCGAGGUGCACAUCGGACAGGAUCAAUUAAGCGAUUUUCUCAAAACGGCACAAUUGCUCCAAGUGCGGGGGCUGGCAGAUGUGACGAAUCCGGGCCGAACGUCCAACAACUCCUCGGCGCUGCUAAAUUCCUCCUCGUUAUCGACACCUGCUGUUCAGGAGCUGAAAGCAUCCCCCACUUCAACAUCGUUACCAUGGGAACUGCCGGAUGACAGUCAGUCAGCGCCACCACCCCAGAAGCGUACCAAAAGUUCGGAACUGUACCGCAAACAACAUGGUCUCAGCGUGGACGAUCCGAUUCCGGUGGAUCUGCUACCCGUCGGACAGCAUGCACUAACACGCGAACGGGACCGCUCCAAGGAUAAGAGCAAGGAGCUGCGAGAUUUUGAACAUCGUGACCGCGAUCGUAGCAUGGAGCUGCGAGAAUCACUGCUCGGUCAAGCUCUGGAAGGUGGACCCACGUUGUCCGUGCCAUCGAAACAUCCCGACCUACUAUCGCUGCAGGCUGUCGCUAGCGGUGAAGAUUCCAACAGUAGUGAUACAGCUGCCUCCGACCACGGUGAUGACAUUGAAGGCAUAAAUGGAAAUGUCGAGCAUACGCGACCCUCGUUCCCGUUCCUGGGGCUGCAAGGUAUUCCCGGGUUGAUACCCGGCCCAUCCGGCAUGCACGGAGAUAACUUCGAUGCACGCCAACAUUGCGAUACACUGAUAAAGGAGGAAGCGAACGACGACGACGAUGAUGAUGACGAUAUGCAGCAGCACCAUCAACAACAGCACCAUCAGCAGCAACAGCAGCAGCAGCAACAACAUCAGCAUCAGCAGCAGCAACAGCGGAAACAGUUGAUUCAUCAACAGAAACAACAGCAACAGCGGAAUUGUUUAAGUGCCUCGGUUGACGGUGAGAAUGCAGGGUUGAGGGAGCCGGACGAGAACGACAGUCGUUACCUGGACGAUGAUGAAGAAGAGGAGGACGAGGAUGGGAUCGACGACGAUGAGAUGAAGGCAGAUAUUAUGUCGAUCGAUAGCGACUACCAUAAGCAAUUAGCUGCGGCCGGAGUCCUGGCGGCAGCUGCUGUGGCCGCCAGUGGCAACGGUGGUAACCCACUGGGUGACGGCAGUGAGCCGAAUGAUUUUUUUAGCGCCCACAAGUCCGGCUCUCGUGAUCUAGCGCUCAAGCAACACAUCCUGAACGAGAAAGCUCGCCUACAUGCUCACCUUCAACGGCACCAGCAACAGUUGGCUGGCUUUCUACUGUCGACGUCUGCAGCGGCCGCUACAACGCCUCCUACGUCCACUCCUCAAAACUGUAUCAACCAAUCCACCAAUUCGACAACCUCGCCAUUCGCCUCGGGCACCGGUAGUCUAAGCAGGAGCGUCACUGGCAACACUGUAAAUAGUAAUUCUGUAAACAACAGCUUCUCGCACGACAGCAAACCCCAGAAGCAGUCGCAAACGCCGGGCGAUCGUCUCAACCCCUUUGCCUACAACAACAACAGUAGCAACUCCGGCCAGGUCUACCUGUUACCGUGUCCUUUAUGCGAAGUCCCCCUAGAACCACGUGUCUUUAGACAGCACCUCGAUCGUCACUAUCCACGUGACAGUCCGGUCUGUCCGGUCAUCCAGUGUGGCCGUCGCUUUGCUCACCCGAACUCGGUUCGGAACCACAUGCGCCUGAAACACACCAGCCAAUGGGCGAAGAUGAAGGCGAUGCGCUCAUCCGGUGGUCCCUUCACCGGGAUUCCUUGAACCGGCGACGAAGCUACACCGCCGCGGCUGCUGCAACACCGGAGUAGUUCCGAAGCCGGCAACGACGACAACGACAACGACGACGGCGGCGGCGGCAGCAGCAGCCAUAGCAGCAGCUAGUGAUUAGACCGUGCGAAACUGAACAUUCCUCACAAGUGACUGGUGGUGUGUCCGUGGGUCUCCACUAUUAGUUUUUGUUUUUUUUGUUUGUUUUUGCCGAUGGUCCAUCGAUCCAUACGGUUAUACACUAAAGUUCCUAACUAUUCAAAAAAAAAAACAGUGUAAGUGAGUAGGCGUAAAGAAGGGCUGCUGCUACUAGGAGGGGGAAGGGGGCGGGAACCUGGUAUGACGUGAUUAUUGUGGCGGACGGUUUCGUUCUGAUGACAAGGAUAUAUCUAUAAGUUACUAAUCAAUUAUAGGUGUUUUGGUUUGAAAUUUAAGAACGUAUUAGACCCUAGAAAAACGUAGCGGCAAUGGAUCAGUAAACAUUUAACAAUCUUGAAAAUGACUUAAAAAUCUGGCAUCAUGGUUGAUCGCAGUAGCUUUGGAUGGACAUUAGACUGUCCAGAAAAGGCACAUCCCUGAACCAAUUCCUAGUCCGACCAGGAGCGUCUGGUCCAAAUUUGAACCAAAUUGGACAAGUCUAGCUACCGGAACAAUGAGCUUAAAAUUUCAAUGGAUUUUUUACAAUUUACACGAUGAAAACACAUGAAUUCGCAUUUUCACCGCUAAGUGGCACUGUAUGCAUUAGAUCUUCACUUUAAGUGAGAAAAGGGAAGAUAAUUGUAUCCCGAACAACUUUAUUGAAGACUGCACAUCAAUCCAGCUUCUUUGGGAGAAGUUAUUAAAUAUUUAACUAAGUGCUAUCUGAAUCAAUUUUGCAAGAGGCCUAACAGCGCACGUCGACGAAUUACGAAUUUGAUGCCAACGAUUUUUUUUGUGGAUUAAAUAAUGUGCUUGGAAGAAUUUUAGUGCAAUAGUAUGCGUCAAAUUUUGACUGAAAAGUUUUAGUUACACAUUUGACCGAACAGAGGGCGGAAACACUAACUUUACAACUAAGAGAGAUAGAACAUGGGUACGUUCAGUGAAAUUACUGAAAAGUAUCUUUUUUACAACUUUGCAGAAGACACCAAAUUUCUAUCUCACUCCGUUGAAAAAAUAAAGAUGGCGCCCUCUAUACGGUGAAAUGUGAAACGCAAAUUUUCUAACCGAAAGAUGACUCAUAUUAUGUACUAAAAUUAUUCUGUUAGGCCUCGUGCAAAACAGAUUCAAACAUCACUUCGUUAAAUGUUUAAUAACUUCUCCUAUUAAAGUUGGAUUUGAGUCUUCUACUAAGUUGUAAGCAAUAAAAUUAUCUUUCCUAUUCUCACUUACAGUGCGAGUUCCGUUUUUCCGUGUAAAUUGUCGAAAAUCCCAGACAAACUUCAAGCACGUCUGUCCGGUAGCUAGACUUGUCCAAAUUGGUAAAACUUUAAAGAAGACACUUCUGAUGAAACUAGGAAUCGACUCAGGAGUGGGCCAAAGGAAUCAUGCUUUCUUGUCACUUAAUGGACAUCCUCUCUACUUAUUCUCACCAAACCGCCAUAUUUAUUUGGCUGCACUCAAAGUGUCUGUAUUUUCGGACAAUUUGUUAGGUAACAGCCGAAUUAAAGAUUGAUUCAGUCAGAAACCGGGCGCAAAGAAUCAACUCUAUGGCAUAGAGAAAUUGUGGUGGUCAAAAUAUAAAAAAAAAAUAUUCUGAUGAUUGUAUGAUCAAAUACCGAACCUUCCUUUAAAUUACUCGCAUUGGCGGGUUAACAUCUUGCUGGUCUCCGUUAACUGCCUUAGACCAGGAGCGGAUCCAGAAAAAACCUCAUGAAUGAAAUCACUUUUGGUGUUCAACCUUGGCUUGAAAUGAUUUUGAGUUUGAAGCUAAUUUAAAAUUGAAACUAAUUUACAAUUUCUCAACAAGUUAAAAAUUUGCGGAGGGGGUCUGGACCCCCAGGACCCUCCCCUCUAGAUCCUCCACUGCCUUAGACCCUUAAUAAACCUAUAAGACGGGCACCGCUGUACCACUUUCUGUACCACCGUAGUUUGUUUGUAACAAAAACUUGAAUUUUUGUUCGCAACUGCAAUUCUCUUGUCAGAUCUGGAGUUUUUGAGCAAAUGUAUGCAUGGAAACGACCUUGAACUUCCUGAUAACAUUUCGUUUAGCCGCGGUCGGAUAAAAUUCAAACGUCGAUACAUGUUAUUCAUAUAUUUUUAUGCAAAUCAUUUAAAAGUGAUGUAUUAUUCAAGCAAAUAUUUGAUCCUUUAUUUUAGGAAAUUGAACUUAAACAUUUGAAGAUCCCCGCAUUAAUAGUUCCGGUAGUGUAAAAAAUGACAGACUGCAAUUCGCAGGAACAUAUUGCUUGCCAUACCAGCACUUUUCGACCACAUUUCUACACUCCACGAAUUUUCGAACUUAUUAUCGAACUCUUUUAAUCAACUUCCGGACAAGUGUUUCAUCACACCCAACCAGCUGCUUUACCAGAUUUUUUAAACUCCCUUUUCAUAAUCGGCUUGUAACGUUCGAUGUACCGAAGCUGACGGCAAUCUGGUAAAUUCCCUUUCCCGUGAAUCAACUGAUAGUUGUUCUGAGGUUUUAAGCCAACGCUAAAUCCGACCCAAACAGUGCACUAUGGUCCCAAAGCCUUAUUUAGGAAGACAAAAUUAUUAGCGUCCAAACCGUUAGUCUCGUCGCCAAACUUGUUUAUUAUUUUUCGUCGAUUAGUUAAACUAGGAUGGUUCAAAGUGUCAACGUUUUAGAUAUGUAAAGUUUUGUGCUACGCAAUGUUUUACUAAGUUAUAAAACAAUGUUCUUUCAAAAAGUAUCACAUACUCAAUUGAAUGACGGUAACUUUCAGUAUUAUCGCACCAAUUGACUAUUUCUUAGAUGAUUUUAAGAAAAGAGAUUGAACGAUCAAAACGCAACCCCUUAAAAUCGCUAUUUUUCAUGUGUAGUUUCAUUCAUUUAUUUAUCUUAAAUAUGCUCACGACCCUUUUAGAACUGCAUAUGGCGUAUAUUAUUGUUGACGAAACAAAGAUUUAUAUUGUCGAUAUGAAGAGUUGAAAAAAUUUUGGUUGAAAAACAUUUUUUUAGAAGUAACGGUUCAAAAACAUUUUUUACGUGAUAUACCUAAAACAGUUUUAUCUUCCUAAAUACGGCUUUGGAACCAUAGCGCAAUGGAAGAGGGCAUUGCUUGUCAUAUAAAGGCAGUUCUGCUCGAUAGAUUUCUGCAUCUAUAGUUACAGUAAUGUAAAAAAUUGUAGACAUCAAACCGCAGGAACAUAUUGCUUGCCAAAUCAGCACUUUCGACCAAGUUUCUCCACUGGAAUGGACCUAUCGGAAUCACCUACAACGGCCAUAUACUAUUAUGCACCUGGUAGGCUUUUGAGCCCUUUUUCACAUGUGUCACUUUGGCGAUUUUCUACGUUUUAUAAGCCUUUUCACUGUUCCAUUUCUUGAUACGUUGGAUAAUUCCAGCACUAGUUUCCGCUCUAUUGGUCACAUAUUCACGUAUCAGUGUCGAUUUAUUUUCCCUAAUUGAAGAUGCCACUUUCUAGACCAGUUUCUCGCGUUCGAAGGUACGGCUUUGCUGUUUCUUCCUGGCUGGUUCAUCCAAAGAAUAGUGUUCCCUAACCUUGCUUAUGGAGGAUUUUACACUCGCGUGACGGAUUCCGAAGCGCUUCAACAAAUUUUCGUAGAAUUACACCCUCUUAAUUUAACCAUGUGUACAAGACCUUAAUUUUCACUUCAUUUUCAAUGCACGACAUUUUGGAAACAAAGAAUUUAAGCCGCAGAAAAAGUCAAUAAACAAAAAAUGACAGUCAAACGCACAGCAUGCUGUGAUGAGCACAACAAAAGCAUCACAGAUACGUGCGCAUAAGGCAAUUGUAUAUAUUUCAGAUGAAGUUCUUCUCUCCGCAGAAACUCACUUCACCUUCGACAAAUGUUCUGGCAAAUUUGUUCCUUUCUCAAUGAUUUGACACAGUGUUCAUCAAGUGAUAAGGCCACAUUAUGCAACAAUUGAGAUAUCUGACGUUUAAAAUAUGCACACUAAUGGUUCGCAUCUUUAUAUUACCGCCCUCCCUUUUAAGCCCAGAAGCGGUUUGAUUGUCUCCAAAUUCGCGCGUGUAAACGAUUUAUUGCCUCCCAAUUCAAACGUCAAAACGGCACAAUACCAACGCAACCUGAUAAGUCUAUGUCGAAAAAAGUUUUGCAUACAAGUUUGUACACAAUUAAUCUUUUGUUUCGAGCUAUGUCACCGCUGACUUUUCUGUAAUUGAUUUCAAUCAGGGAGGUGUCACUCCUGUCAUCCACUAUGGAGAUAUACGGACUUUGACAGUAAUCAACAUAUGAUGGGCCCAUGUAGCCCGUGCAAUAGCAUGGGGUUGUUUUGAUUUUACCAAAGGCAGAUGUUGGCUAGGACAAAAUGGCUGCCUAGCAGGGGCCUGAUUUCAAUACCUUCCAGCAAAGGUCAAACGAUAGUAUUCCGUUGACAGAAAUGUUUCAGGACAUAUCAUAUGGAAUUUGCGAAUUUAUAUGAUUUUGCGAUUUUUGGAAAUUAUUCUAAAAACCUAAUACAAUUAUCGUAGAAUAUGUAGAGUAGUCUAAAUUCAUGGAAAAGGUUGUCGAAGACAUUCUAAUUUGAUUUUAAAAAAUAUUUCAUGACGACAAAGGUAUACUAUAAUAUUUUUCAUCGUUAAAUGAAACUGGCAGCACUGCUUCAGCAUAAGCAUGCCAUAAUGUAACUCAAAAACUUUCGAUAUUGAAACCCAAGUAACCAAUAGGCAUUUAUAGAGAAACAUUGUCUUGUAUCUGCUUUAGAUCUGCAUACAAAGCACCCCUUAAAAGCCGAUAAGCCCUAUAUACUGAUUUAAUGCUCAUAUAAUGCCAGAAAAUGCGAAAUAUUGGCAAUUGAAUAUCGAUGUUAGAUCACCGUGAACUUAUUUUGGCGGAUUUUAAUUGAUAUUUUUCGGUGAAAAUGAGCGGAAAGAGGUUAAUUGGUUUACGUUUCGGCCUACUGUUACUUUUCAGCCAUCAUCAGAAAUUUACUAUAUAAAAAAGUAUAAAAAAUAAGCAUUAUUACAAUUUUCAUCACAAUAGUUUACAGUCACUUAAAACACCUAGCUAUUCUACCCUCUAUUCCCCAUUGGGUUGCUUUUCUGACUACUCUAAAUCUGUUGCCUCUCCCUGAACAGCUGUUGUGAGACGUGAGUGUUUCCCUAUCGAGUUUAAUUUUUUGAGCAAGCCGUUGUAUGUAGUAGAGAACCCCAUCGCAUCCCGUUGUAGAUUAACCGCAGUUUUCUCUCUCAAUUUGAUGUGGAGAACUUCUGCGUUUAGUCUGUUGCGCUCAUUGUUGAUUCUUUCGAGAAUUUUGGUGCGAGAUUACAAUUACAUUGGCAAUUACAUGCAAAGUUUGAAAACCCGUUUUUUGCAUUAUUGAUUCAAUUAAGCAGCAACAAUGUAAAACUCUCAAAUUUGAAUGUUUGUUAUUGGCACUAUUCAUGCUAUUGUACAGUUGCAGUUGGGUGUUAUUUUUGCCAACGUUUGCAACACUGUCGUAUUUUCGUGUCGUCGUAAUUCUUAAAAUACCUUAUCAUCGACACCAGAGAGGUAACUUCACCAUCCACCAGACUAGAGAGAUUUUUCAGCUCAGAAAAUCACAUUGACCUCGGCUGGGAUUGAACCUACACCCACUGGGGCUGGAAGUAGUCAUGCUUGCCACUGAAUCACUGGCGCAGUCAUCUGCUUAAAAGUAUAAUUGACCCUCUUCUAAUUAUAGGUGAUAAGUAUUUUGAUCUUAUCGGAGUUUGAACAUGAAAGAUAAUCAUGUGUUCUUCCUGGGACAUCAUCAUAGCCCCUGGGAUAGCAUAAGGGUUUGUGCAUUGGGCCGGAGUCCCAAGGGUUGCAGAUUCGAAUGCUCCCUCGAUGGAUAUUUUUUCUCAAAAUUGCGUUCAUUUAACUUACCAUUUUCGAUCUGUCUUCCCCGUAGGGUACCACCAAAAAAAAUCUUAAAUAUGUAUGAGCAAUACUUUUUGAAAAUUAUCUAUACUACUACCUCGUCAUUUACGGCAAAUACGCUUCUUUGUUCUGUUUCUGCCUUGACUAUGUAUAUUGAACAUAUUCGGUUGCAGUGAAACAUGCCGAAUAUAAAUCUCAAUAAGAGAUGCAUAAGAAACAAAAAUGAUUUUAUCGGUAUAUUGGCUUUAUAUUUGCUCUGUAAUAGCCGCAAAUGCGUGUGAGCUUUGUUAAGCCAAAGACAGCCUUGCGUUCUUCUAAGAUAUAUAUAUAUAUAUAUAUUUAAAAAGCGCUAUGGUAUCCAAUCAAGCUCUGGAAACACCCGCAUCAAUUUAUUUUUGACUAGUUUUUAACAUAGUGAUCGAGGGCUACUAUGUGUCCCUCACCUUUUUAUGCUAAAGGUAUGUUAUUGCAAAAUGAAUUUUGGCUCGAAAAAUACCAUAAAAUGCCAUAUGUAAAGCAUAAAUGCUAUAAAGAUCCUUAAGGCUUGUAUGCAUUAUAUAAACUUUAUAUACGUUCUCGGUAAUCAACAAGCAUUGGUACAAGCAGUAGAGUAGCAUAUAAUUUGCAUUUGAGAUGCUUGUUGCAGCAUUCAAGCAACUAUUUUGAGGCCAAUAAACAGCAUUUUAAAUGCACAACAGCAGUGUAAAAAAAACUUUUUCAUGGCACAGCAGUAAUGUAGCCGUGUAUUUUGCCAAAAUCAGCUUUUAAAUGGCAUUUAAAGAACUUUAGUGCUUACCAGGUAGCCGUUAAUACGCAUUUUACAAGCUUAUUGGUUACCUGACCUAAUAUAUAGUAUAUAGUGCCGGCGAUAAGGUUACAUUUUGACUGUGCCAAUAUAUCAGCAGGUCUAUUAUUUGGAUUAUUUUUGAAUGUGGGUCUUUCCCAACAACAAUCGAGUUCUCUCGGUGUUAUCGUUGACUGCUCCUGUAACGGUCCUUAACUGUUGGGUGUUUCGCCUUUCUUGUAACUAACCUGGCGACUGUUGUGAUAAAUCAUUGGAUUCUUUGCUCUCCCAGAAAAUCCCACUGUGUGCCCAGGCGAUAUUACUGUCCUGAUCGCUACAUUCAGCUUGGUUGUUAGCUACGUGCAAGAGCAAUACUCAUACGGUUUUACCUCCACAGCGAGAGUGGCUGGUGAUUUUGGAUUUUUUGCGAUUUCCCGGGGAAGAGAAAUUCUACACCUAGCUAAACUUAGACAAUCUUUCACCAACGGCACAUAAUAGUUAUGACCAAUACACUUUGUCGAAAUUCUGUUUGUUGUCAGCGCAUACUGGUGUUUCUUUUGAUGCCUACCCUUUGGUUAGUAAAAAUCUUCAGGUCCAUUUUUCACCAGAAGUCGAAACCCUAGUUAGAUAACUAAGGUUGCUGUUAGUAGAAACACUCAGUGCCGUUAAUCAUCAGGAAAGGACCUUUUUCGUUUCGGUUUUUUGAUCCAAAAUGGUGUCCAACCAAAAUGUUAUCUUAUAAAUGUGUUUUUUUUCUAGCUUUUUUUUUCUUGAAACUGUACUAUGUUAGUUCCAAACUAUAACACAUAUCAAAACGAAUUUUUUAACUGCAGUUAGUGGUCAGCCAGUCCACAAACAACGACAGCAAUAAACUCGCGAGAGAUUGAACUGCUUGUAACUGUUGUCCAGCGCUGAACUUCUAUUUAUUAUCGUUACAGUUGAAACCAGGAAAAUCCAACCAGCGACAAUCGUUUCUUCUCUUGUUUAGUGGUAAUCCAUGAUGUCGGAAGUAGUGCGCUGUGUAGCGCAUCAUUGUACGAAUACAGCGCACUACUUCCGACGUAAUUCCAUUGUUUAGAACCAGAGAAAAUACGAUUGUCGCUCGUUGGAUUUUGCAGUUUUCAACUGCAACCAGAAUAUUUUCCGGUUGCUGCGUAGCAACCAACACUCAUUCGACCUCCACAGGCUUGCUUUGUGAUGCUAUCAUAUAUUGAUAGAGUAUUGUUCCUCCUUCGAAAGAUCAGCUCAUAAUAAACUGCCUUCAAAUAUUUUCAUUGUCAUGAACCGCUAUCCGGGUUGGACGAUAUUUUGAAAUUUUGUAAUCCGACCGUCCGUACAUAACCGUCAUAGAACGUUUACCCGCCCUCGUCUCCAUUCACGUGGGCACUCUCACCUGGAAGAAACUUCUUUGUGAAAAAACCCUUCGUACUAAAUAACAAAAUAUAAGAAAAAAAGUAAAACAAACGUCGCUAUCGUGUAAUAAUGCACGACGCACGCCCGCGCCCGUAAAGCAGUUGUUCAAAACAGUUGAAGUUGUGUGAUUCUUAGCAUUCUUUUCCUUCUUAUUUCUAGUCUCGGUAUCAUUAUUAUAACAUAAUUAAUUAUAAAUAAAAACAAAAGCACUGGCAACACUUGCUACCGAUUUUGGGGAAACCCCCACCCGCCGUGCAUCGUUACAAAUAUAGUUAGAGUAAAGGCUUUCCAUUUUUUUUCUCGAUAGGUUACUAGAUUGUUGUUUGUAUCGACCCGAGCAAAAGAAAAAAAAAAACGAUAAACAAAAUAAAUCAUUUCUCAAUCAGUAUUAUUUUGCCCCUUGUGUAAGCCGCCUGCACGCAGCCAAAAAAGGUUAGAUUUAUUUAUUGCAGAUUAGUUAUCGAACUAAGAUUAACGUAGAAAAAAGGGGGGCCUCGUGCCAUCCGGUUCCUAAACGCAUUGGAGUUGUAAACAGUACGAUUCGUUUUAUUCCUUCACUAUAGAUAAGUUGUAUUCCUUCUAACGUAACAGCAAAACUACAAAGUCCUAGUGAUUAUGAUUCCUUCACUUUUAAGUGUAACGCCGUUCAGUUUGAAUCGCUGCGAAAAGCAAACUAAACGAACUAGAGAAAAAAAAAGUUGAAUAAUUUUCUAUUUUUAGACAUUCUAAAAUGGUUCCUAUAAUGUAAUUGACUAUAUAUUGAGCAGAAGAACUAACUGUAUAUUUAUGCAAAUACACAUAUAAAUAAUAUGAAAAAAGCAAAACAAAUGCGUAGAGUUAUAUAUAAAAUAACUUUAAAAAAGCAAGUAGAUAAGACGCUGUGAGCAGUACACUAAAGAGUAACAACAAUUAAAUAAACAAACCAGCCCAAAACUUGCGUUUUCCCCUUUCUACCCAACUCAAUACACACAGUCAGGCAAACAAAAUUUUCCAUCACCAGCCGCAAACCGCACCUUCGUUAAUGCCAACGUCCACUUGUAGUACCCCACCCUAUUCUAACUAUACCGAUUAUUAUCGUCAUAUUUUCUCAUACUGGAGACAGUUAUUAGUGUGGCAAAAUAGUUUAUUUCCUAACCGUUCCGUUGUCCUUCAUCGCCGGUGGCAAGCAAUUCAAGUUCUCCCACCUCGCAAUAUUGUGUCCGUAAUUCCUGCUGAAACAAUACUAAAAGGAGAACGUAUGCAAACCGAUUAGUUUUAGGUUAGGAUAUAACACGAUACUAAAACGCUAGCAGGCGUAUUAAUAUUAGAUUUCAAUUUAGUUAGCCCACCACCCCCCACUUUGAUUUCAAAUUGAUGGAAACAAAACUCGCCAUAAUGAAACAUAUUUUAGGGCCAAUGUAAGUUCAGUUGUGGCUUUACGUUUGCUGGUUUUGACAGAGGAAAAAAACGAUUCAACGGCAAUAGAAAAACAAUAAAAAAAAAACAAGUAAACAACUGCUUUGAUACGAAAAAUAAAAAAAAACGUUUGAACAAUUAAAAACAACAACAGCAUAUACUAAACGCCAUAUUAUACGAUACCAACCAAAACAGUCAGCAGCAAAACAAAACAAA